AUGGAUGUGCCUGGCCCGGUGACACGGCGGGCGGCGGCGGCGGCGGCCACCAUGCUCCUGCGCACGGCUCGGGUGCCGCGCGAGUGCUGGUUCGUGCCCCCCGCGCUGCUCUGCGCCUACGGCUUCUUCGCCAGCCUCAGGCCGUCCGAGCCCUUCUUGACCCCGUACCUGCUGGGGCCCGACAAGAACCUGACGGAGAGGGAGGUCUUCAAUGAAAUAUAUCCAGUAUGGACUUACUCUCACCUGGUGCUGUUGUUUCCUCUGUUCCUUGCCACAGACUUCCUCCGUUAUAAACCUGUUGUUCUGCUGCAGGGACUCAGCCUUAUUGUUACGUGGUUCAUGCUGCUCUAUGCCCAGGGACUGCUGGCCAUUCAGUUCUUGGAAUUCUUCUAUGGCAUCGCCACCGCUACUGAAAUUGCCUAUUACUCCUAUAUCUACAGUGUGGUAGACCUGAGCAUGUACCAGAAAGUCACGAGUUACUGUCGAAGUGCCACCUUGGUGGGCUUCACAGUGGGCUCUGUCCUAGGGCAGAUCCUCGUCUCAGUGGCAGGCUGGUCCCUAUUCAGCCUGAAUGUCAUCUCUCUUACCUGUGUUUCUGUGGCUUUCGCAGUAGCCUGGUUUCUGCCUAUGCCACAGAAGAGUCUUUUCUUUCACCACGUUCCUCCCUCCUGCCAGGGAGAAAAUGGCAUCAAGGUACACAAUGGUGGCAUUGCUACUGAUACCUCAGCUUCUAAUCACCUUCCGCAGUGGGAAGACGUUGAAUCAAAAAUCCCUCUAAAUACAGAGGUGCCUCCCAUGGAGGGACAGGAAUCCAAGCCAGACCGUCUCCUUGUGCUGAAGGUCCUGUGGAAUGAUUUCCUGGUGUGCUACUCUUCUCGCCCUCUGCUCUGCUGGUCCGUGUGGUGGGCCCUCUCCACCUGCGGCUAUUUUCAAGUCGUGAACUAUGCACAGGGCCUGUGGGAGCAGGUGAUGCCUUCUCGUCAUGCUGCCAUCUAUAACGGUGGCGUGGAGGCUGUUUCAACCUUACUGGGUGCUGUUGCUGUGUUUGCAGUUGGUUACAUAAAAAUAUCCUGGUCCACUUGGGGAGAAUUGACAUUGUCUCUGUUUUCUCUCCUGAUUGCUGCUGCAGUGUACAUCAUGGACACCGUGGGUAACAUUUGGGUGUGCUACGCAUCCUACGUUGUCUUCAGAAUCAUCUACAUGUUACUCAUCACUGUAGCAACUUUUCAGAUUGCUGCAAACCUCAGCAUGGAGCGCUACGCCCUAGUGUUUGGUGUAAAUACCUUCAUCGCUCUGGCACUGCAGACUGUGCUCACUCUAAUUGUGGUAGAUGCCAGUGGCCUUGGCUUGGAAAUUACCACUCAGUUCUUCAUCUACGCUGGUUAUUUUGCACUCAUUGCUGUGGUUUUCCUGUCUAAUGGUGCAAUCAAUAUUUUGAAGAAAUACAGAAAGCCGGAAGAUCCAGAAUCAAGUUCUCAAGUGACCACUUCAUAACACAUUGCUAAUGAGCUUCUUAUCACAAGAACUCUGCACAGCAGCUGUGCCUGGAUGUAUUUAAUUUUUUAAAGUGUAGACACAUAUUUAUGAGUGUGCAUUUCAUGGCUUCAAAGCAGCCAACUGACUAUACCUUGUCCUCCUAGAGUAAUAGAAUACUGUUCAGAAGUGAAGUGUACUUCAUGGAUUAUUUACGAGAGCCAAUAUAAGGAUGACAUUUUUCUGAUUUGAAAGUGAGCUUGCUUUUGAAAACCAAGUAAUCAAGAGCAAUCAAGCAGCACAUGGUGAUGUGUAGUUGCUAGCAAGUGAGUCUGGUGUUUCAUA